AUGGCCAACAGCUUCCUCCCCUUCGAACCAGCCGGGGACUCGGUCAUCGAGAUCCUCUGGGACGUCGCGCUGGCCUUCUUCGUCGUGCGCCUGGCCCUGCUCUACGCCGCGCUGGUCUUUGGCACCGCCCUGCUCCUCUCGGCCCUCCUGCACCGCCUCCUCGCCCCGGGAACAACAACAACAACAACAACCCCAUCCCCAUCCCUACCGCUCCCGCUCCCGCUGCCGGCGCUGGUCCUCACCCUCUCGGCGAUCUACGCCAGGCUCCUCGUCGUGCGCUGCGAGGUGCCGCGCGCCGCCUGGUUCCGGCUGGCCAUCGGCGGCGUCGCGGCCGCCGUCGUCGUGCUGGCCGAGGCGCUGGCCGGGCUGGUCGGGUACGAGGUGCUGGGCGGGGGGGCGAGGGGGAUCGGGGAGUGGGCCAUGGGCGGGUGGCGCAGCUGGGUCGGGGUCAUGGUUGGGUUUGCGGCGAUGCCCGUGCUGUGGAUGGGGUUGGAGGGCGGUGGUGGUGGUGGUGGUGGUGGUGGUGGUGGUGGUGGUGGUGGUGGUGGUGGCAAGGCGGAGGGGGAGGGGAAGGGGCGGUUGGGAUUGGUGACGGAGAAGGGGGAGGGGAAGGGGGAGGGGAAGGGGGAGGAGGCUGCACCGCAGGCUGAUGUGUCAGAAAAGAAGACAACGGAGGUGCAGCAGGGUUGAAGAGGACGUGAGGUAACAUAAGUAUCGGGAACGCUUGGUGAGAUGUGGGUGUAGAAUGCAAAGGACCUCAUGAGGUUGGCGUUGUCAGACGCAGUGCCUGCCGUCGAUACCUACGUAUUUGGAGUUCCAUAUUCGGAGCUUGGUUGUUACCUCCUCAGGUUGUUCUCUCAUGGUACGGCGUUACGGUGCUCAGGUGUCUGGCUUUUGAAACUGCGAGGGGAUGAGGAAAACCAGCAAUGGAUAGGGACGGUUUCAAUGAGGGAGGAUAUUGGAUGUUGAG